UUGCCUCCUAUUUUCUAUGAUCCAGAUAAUGAGCCGAGCCUAGAAGCAGAGUGUCUCCGGAUUGUUCUGAUGGGGAAAACUGGUGGUGGAAAGAGCUCUUCAGGAAACACCAUCCUGGGGAGAAAACAGUUUGAAGCUAAAGCGUCGCAGCAGUCAGUCACCAAAAACUGCCAAAAAGCCCAAACCAGCGUUGGAGGUCGUCCCAUCAUUGUGGUGGACACUCCUGGUCUGUUUGACAACACUCUGUCCCCUGAGCAGGUGGAUGAUGAGCUGAUGAAAUGCAUCAGUCUUCUGGCUCCAGGUCCACAUGUCUUCCUGCUCGUGUUACAGAUCGGCAGAUUCACCGAAGAAGAGAAAAGGACUUUAAGACAAAUGAAGAAGGUUUUUGGUAAAAACUCAGAAAACUUCACCCUCAUUCUUUUCACUGGAGGAGACAGGCUGGAAUAUGAGGAGAAGACGAUUGAAGAGUAUAUUAGACAGGGAUGUGAUGAAUCAUUUAAGAAAUUAAUUCAUGACUGUGGAGAAAGAUACCACGUGUUUAACAAUUACAAUAAAAACAACCGCAAACAAGUUGUUGAGCUGAUGCAAAAGAUCAACACCAUGGUGAAGGAGAACGGAGGAAGCUGCUUUACGAGUGAAAUGCUGCAAGAAGCUGAAGCUGCCAUCCAGAAAGAAGUGAAGAGAAUCCUCAAGGAGAAGGAGGAAGAGAUUAAAAAACUAAAGGAGGAACUCGAAAGAAAACACGAGGAAGAAAAGGAAACAAUGAGAAGAAAAAUGGAGGAACAGAAAACAGAAAUGGAAAAAGAGAGAAAACAGAGAGUUAAACAACUUAAAGAGAUGGAAGAAAACAUCAAGAAGGAGAGGGAGCAGAAAAAGAAAGAGCAGCAGAUAAGAGAAAAAGAAGAAAAGAAGAGAAAAGCAGAGGAAGAACAACAUCAACAAAAGUGGGAAACAGAACGACAAGCUUUAGAGAAAAAGAUUAAGAAGGAGUCAGAAGAAAAGGGAACCAUCAACAGAAAACUGGAAGACGUGAGAAAACAGAUGGAAGAAAAACGAGACGCCUGGGAGAAGGAGAGGAAGGAGUGGUGGGAAAAACGACACCGAGAGGAUGAAGAGAGAAGAGAAGAACUGAAGAGGCUUCAAGAGAAGUUUGACAAAGAAAGAGAAAAAUAUGAAAAGCAAAGCAGAGAAGAAGAUAAAAGGAGGACAGAACAGGAGAAGGAGAGAAAAGAAUUAGAGGAAAAAUACCGGAAACAACUGGAGGAAGUGAAGAAGAAGUUUGAAGACGAGGCCAGAAAACACGCCGAAGAAUUUAAUGAAUUCAAAAUCAAAUAUAAGAAUCAGUUUGCUUCUCUUUUGCAAAAACACGAUGAAGAAAUAAUGGAAAUAAAGGAAAAACAAAAGAAAGAACUACAAGAAAAACUUAGAGACAGUUAGAGCGAAGCAAGGAGGAAAAUGAGAGCUUCAUGGUGGGACAGCAGUAGGGAGCAUUUGAAGCUUUCAGCAGGUUUAAAAACCCACAGUUUAAAAACCAUGAUCGUUUGAUCCUUAAUUUCCUUCAAUUGACUUUGGGGAAAUGGAUAAUAAAAGAAAACAUACAAUAAAGUCAUUAAUGAUCAUUUGAUCGACUGAAUGGUAUCUGGAGAAAAUGUUAUAGUUUAAAAUAUUCAACUGACUGCAAAAAUAAUUUAGAUAAACACAAGUGAAAUAAUAAAUGUGUAAAAUGUUAUUACAUUAUCACUUAUAUUUUAUAUAUUUUUAACUCUUUUUUGACAAAGAACAACAAUUAAUGCUGUUAGCCUUAAUAAAGGAUAGCAGCUAACAUGCGAUUCAUUAAACUGGUUUAAUGAGAAAUAAGCUGAGUACUAUGGGAUUAUUUUAAGUGUGACAUAAAAUGUUGUUUUAAAUGUUAUAUGAAUCUGCCUUUUCUUUUGGUCCUAAAUGUUUAUUUCUACAUUUCUUCCUUCAGUUAUCUGAAACUGAUGAAUAGCAGCAGCUGUUUGCUGCACAAAGGAGAUCAUCUGCUGUUUCCAUGAGUUAAUAGAGUUGAACAAAGCUGCUUUUAACUGCAGUCAUGUAAGAUUUAAGUUCUUUGUUUCCUGCUGUGUUCAGCAUAAAAUGAGAAAUCUGUCUUUAAUGAUUUUAUGUCUUAUUAAAGAUUUAACAAGUUACAUCUAAAAACUGACACUUUAAACUGUUUUGAGUCGUUAUAUUUACAUAUUCUAUGCUUACUACUUCAUAAAAAUAACAUAAAAAUUAUGGCUCUGAAAUUAUGGGUGAUUUGUAUUGA